AUGGCGGAACCUAAAUUAAAGAAAACGCUAGAUUCUCUAAGAAAACCGUCCAUAGCCGCGGUUUUGCUCGGUCUGCUUUUGUUCUCCUAUCCCAAUUGUGCCUUUGCUAGGUCCGGUGGUAGGAUUGGUGGUAGUGCAUGGUCUGGAAGCUCUUCAUCUUCCUCGUCUUCAUACUCGACUCCGUCAAGCUAUUCUUCCUCUUCUAUUGGGUAUUAUAACCCAAUCUAUGUAAACUCGGCUACUUCAGGGCAUGAGAGGAUCUCACACUCAAACUCGGCUCCGUCGGCGCCGCAUCAAACAGCGGAGUUGAUAUUAUUUGUUCUGUUGCUGUGUUUCUUUGUGGCGGUGUUUUGUGUAUGCCUCUCACUCUCAGAUCGUUCACAAGAUGAGAAAACUAGCGUCCUUAAACUACAGGUAGGGUUGCUUGGCGUGGGGAGGAAGUUACAAAAAGAUUUCAAUCGCCUUGCUGAAGAUGCAGAUACAUCCACUUUAAAGGGUCUCAGCUAUGUUUUAAACGAGGCAACAUUGGCUUUGUUGAGGCAUCCGGACUAUUGCAUUGCUUGUCAUUCAUCAGUGGAUGUCGAGUGUAAAGAAGAAGAGGGAGAGAAGCUAUUUAAUCAACUCUCCAUUGAAGAACGGAGAAAGGUCGACGAGGAGACAGUUGUGAAUGUGGAUAGCAUUAAGAGAAAUGUCUCGAAAUUUCGGACAGCUAGUGCACGUGGUCUCCCCGGCCAGUACUGA